AUGCCUUACCACAUCAAUCCUGGAUGUGGUCCAAGAAACUACAACUUCUAUAAUGGAGGCCAGGGCCCUGCCAGCCAUGGCUUUUGCCCUCCUAUAGAUACUGGAAUGUGUAAUGGAGGAACAGGUGGCUUCGGCAGCCAAAGUGUUGGCUCCUGUGGACCUUGGCCUGCCUUCAAGAACAGCUUCCCUGGAAAUGGACAUCCUGGCAAUGUUGGAGCCGGAUACAACCACUGUGGCAUUAGGCCCAGCCAUGUCUUCAUGAACACUGGAGGAGCAGGCGCUCCUGGGCAAUCACGUAUCACUUCUGUAACAUGCAAUGAGUCCCUGCUGAAACCUCUCGAUCUGGGAAUAGACACUGAAGCCCUAGCUGAGAAGAGUGAGACCAAGAAUGAACUUCAGAGCCUUAACAGCAAAUUGGCCAGUUUCAUUAACAAGUUUCUUUUUGGGAUUCAGGUCCAAUUGCUGGAACAGCAUAAUCUGAUGCUAAAGACAAAAUGGGACUUUGUGCAAGAAAUGAAACAGCACAGAAGUGACAUGGAGCCCCUCUUUGAUGACCAUACUAGCAGACUUAAGAAGGAGCUGGAGUGCCUUGAACGCGAGAAGAAAGAGAUGCAGAUUGAGCAUGACAGUUCAGCACAGACACUGGAGAAAAACAAAAGCAGGUAUGAGGAAGAAUUGAAUAAGCGAGCAACUGCUGAAAAUGGAUUUGUCUUACUUAAAAAGGAUUUGGACUUUGCCUUUGCAGACAAGGCAGAAUUGGAGGCCAAGGUAGAAAAAUUGGCCAAACAUAUCAGUUUCCUGAAACAUAUAUAUGCACAGGAAAUCUCUGAACUACAGAACUGCAUUUCUGAGACCUGUGUCAUGGUUCAAUUAGACAACAGAAGAGCCUUAGAUAUGAAUCGUACCAUUGAGGAAUUCCGGCGUCAGCAUGAAUACAUUGCAUCCCGAACUCGAGCUGAGGCUGAAGCUUGGCUCCAGCAUCAGUAUCAAGAGCUCAAGACUACAGCAGCAAAGAACAAUGACAACCUGAAUGCUGUCAAGGAAGAAAUUCAGGCUCUAACUCGCACUGCUCACCAACUGGAAUCACAAAUCACAAGUAUCAAGACUCAGCGUUGCAGGUUGGAAGAUGAGGUGGUUGAAGCUAAAGAACAUGGAGAGACGGCAGUGAAGGAUGCCAGGUGCAAAUUGAGUGAUCUGGAAGAGGCCCUGCGCAAAGCAAAGCAGGACAUGACCUGCCAGUUACGGGAAUAUCAGAGCCUGAUGAAUGUCAAGAUGGCUAUGAACAUUGAAAUUGCUACUUACAGGAAGCUAAUAGAAGGAGAGGAAUGUUGGUUGAAUAGAGGAGACCGUGCAGUGAACAUAUGUGUUCAAAGAAGCGAGGGUGCAAUUGUCAGUGGUGGCAAUUUCCAUCAUGGAUCAGGACGUACACUUCCAUGUGAAACCAAGACCAGCAAAAAAGAUGUUCAUGACAGUGAUAAAGCCACCCCUGGCAGCAGUGUCACCGCAAAAAGUAGCCCUGGAGAUGCUGGAGGUUCUGGAGAUGUGGGAGGCUCUUCGUCUUCCUCUUCACCUGUCCCUCAUUAAAGCUUCAUGUCAUGAAAUGACUAAGAACACCACAGUAUGCUUUGUGUCCCCUGCUUACUUUAUCUGUGGCUUCAUGUAGAAAAUAAAGAUGUGAUAGAGAACAAAAAAAAUGAGGACUGCCAACAGAAGUGUCCCUCAAGUUGUUGCUAAGAGUGAGACAAAACAGAUGAAUAUUUUGUGGACUUGUAAUUGCGGGAGAAAGAGGGAGAGAAAGAACUCUGGUUCUCAGAUAGAAUAUAUUUUCUGGUGAAGCCACUUUCUGAUCAAAAGUACCAUGCUAACUUUCUGAUGGUCAUUUGAACCAUAUUUAGGUUGUUUCAGCCUGUCUAAAUCCAAACCCUUGUGGGAAUUGUAAAUGGACAUUAAAUAGAAUAUCCUUGUCUGGACCUAAUUUUAUGUUGGCAUUAUGGCUGUGUGCCUGGUAAAAGUAAUAUCUUGUGUUGCUCAGUUCUGCCAUCUCCUUUUCAGCCACC